AUGCGUUUCACAACCGUAACCGCCGCUAUCUUAGCCUGCUCAACGGCUGUGUCCGGAACACUUAACUGGUCACUCCAAAAGGCGUCCAACCCCACGGCAGACCAGCGUGACGCCUACGCCAAAAUCGAAAGCGCCAUGACCAAAGGCGUAGCCCGCUAUCACCGCUUUACCAAUGCCAACAAGCAAAUUCGAGUCUACUACGAACCCAGCGUCCCCACGGCUGAGGCAAACUACAACGGAGAUCUGAGGUUCGGAUCUAACCGCGCCUACAUGACGGAGCGCACCGCGAUGCACGAGAUCGCGCAUACUCUUGGAGUCGGGCAGACAGCCGCUUUCAACACGAAGUGUGCUGCUAACAACUGGCCUUCGGCGACCAGGCUACUCCAGUCAUGGGACGGAUCCAGCGCAAAGAUUAGCUGUGGAGGAGGUCACUUUUGGCCUUAUGGGUUGAAUUAUGAGACGGAAUGGAGUGAGACGAACGGCGAUCGUCAUGUUCAGAUUGUUAAUGCCAUGUUGAACGACGGAAUGUAA